AUGAGCACAUCUAGCCAUCCGCCCGGCAGUUCUGGCUCACGGGAUUUCAGAGCAUCGGUUGGCACAAGCAGUACCGCGAUCGAAGCAGGUGCCCCGCGACUGAGAGGGCCACGAUCACUUCCUCCCUGGAUCGACUCAUACGAAACUCGAUACGGAGCACCAACAGAGGACCAGCUCCAGCUACUAUCGCCCCUGCCUCGAGCCGUUCCACCUCACCACAAUCAUUCUCCCAACGAACCCGACCGCCGUGUAUCGAAAGACGGUUAUGUCGACUGGACCGGUGACCCUAUUCUGGAAAAGGCCCGCCCGAGGACCAGGGCUAAGCUUACAGAUGUCUUCCGAGGAAGGGGCGCAUUGCAUGGCAGGAAAUGGGACCAUUUGCGAACCGCAGAACCCGUCAUCGUCUCGGCACAUAGGCCCGCGACCCAAGGCCCACCAGCAGCAUGGAGGGACUUUCUUCAGUCGGCGGCCUACGGGCAUAUGCAAGGCGAAGAGUCGGAGGUUGUAGACGUCGAGGUGCUGGAUAAGCUGCAGCCCGGCUUCAAUAAACGACACGACGAAACCGUCCAUCGAGAUUUGGAGAAGGCCUCUUCGAAACAGAAGCGUUCUAAGACCAUGUGGCAGAGGAUGUGGUCUCUUAUAUUGCGACAUUACCUUGUACCGCUGGUCUUCCGCCUCACCGUCAUGCUCACGUCCAUCGUGGCGCUGGCCAUCGCGGCGCGCAUCUACCGGCACGAAGAUGACAAGAGCAACAGUAGCCCGGAACGCGCGCAAAGCAUAGUCGCCAUCGCUGUCGACACAUUUGCACUGCCAUACAUAGGCUACAUGCUGUGGGAUGAGUACACGGGCAAGCCGUUGGGCCUCCGACCCGCUGUCCAGAAGCUUGCUCUCAUCCUGCUGGACCUCUUCUUCAUCAUUUUUAAAUCAGCCAGCACAUCCCUGGCAUUCGAAUCCCUCGUCUUCCAUAACGUCGAAGCAGGCCAGGUCAGGCGGCUCAGCCAGGCGUUGGCGUCUUUUAUGCUAGCCGGCCUGCUGGCGUGGACCAUGAACUUCAUGGUCAACAUUUUCCGCACAGUUCAGCGACUUGGAGGUGCAGAGGAUGAGAGCUCUCACGAUCACAUGUAG